GAGACAACCAUGUAGGACCCAGCUGUAGGACACACUUCCUGGUCCCCACAGAGCUGGCCAAUAACAUUGGGAUUACACAAAUGAAAGCCUAUGAGCAUUCAUAGAACCUCAGAAUGACUUGACAGGCAGUUACCUUCUCUAGUCAGAUCACUCAAAACACCCCAAAGAAGGAUGGCCUUGUUUAGAUUUGUUUGGGAUUCUUCCAGCUAGAGGAGCAGGCUAGCUAGCUAACGUUAGCAAAGUAAAGUCCUAGAUACUACCUGAUAAAAUACGGUUUAGCUGCUCUAAAUUGAAGUCGAAGACCACUGUAUGAAGAUGUUUGACGAUUUUGAGAGUCAUAAGGCCCGGUCCAGCAGAGAUCUGUGGUCAGAGAUCUGUGGUCAGAGAUCUGUGGUCAGAGAUCUGUGGUCAGAGAUCUGUGGUCAGAGAUCUGUGGUCAGAGAUCUGUGGUCAGAGAUCUGUGGUCAGAGAUCUGUGGUCAGAGAUCUGUGGUCAGAGAUCUGCUGGAGCCUGCCUGAUGUGCAGGAGAAAGAUCAAGGCCGAGGAGAGGAUAAUGCUGCUCUGUUCAAAGAUUCAUUCCAACCUUCACAUGUUGGCAAUGACCUGCAAUCUAAUGGCACGUCUAUGAGUUUCUCCUCUCACAGCGUCUGGGAACCUAUGGAAGACUCGGAUGUCUACAUUACUAGUUUAGAGAACCGUCUGAAGAGAAUAGAGGGCCAGUGUACUGAGGUGACGUCCAGGGAGAUGCUGCGCUCCCUAUCUCAGGCCAAAACAGAAUGCUGGGAUAGAUUCUUGCACGACGCUCAGAGCUCGGAACUCUUUCAGGAGGACGAGCUAGUUCAGAGUACCCUGGAGCAUCUAAAGCGUUGGCUGGUACCUGAGAAAGUGGCCAUCAGCGCUGAGGAGCUGGAGUGUCUCCUCCUGCCGUCACUGAGCCGAGAGCAGACCUCUAUGGACCAAUCACAGAGCGGACCAGAGGCAGCCACUCAGAACCCUGAAGAGGACAAGAGUCCCAUACCUGAGAAAUAGCUACCUGUUCACUGCAGACAUUUUUAUACGUUAUCAUGUGUUAUUCCUGGACAGAAACAUGAUUGGAUUUCCUGUACUGUCAUUAUUAGCUUAUGUGUAUUUGUCUUUAUUAUUGAGGAGAAAGAAUUCGGUGACAUAUCGUUGCAAAUAUUGGAACGGUCCAUUGUUUAUGUUACUCCUAUCAAAUGUUGUUGAUUUUAUGAUAUGUUUCAAAUAAAAAGCAGUUAAUUGUUGGGGUAAUAUCCUGAAACCACACCGGUUGCAUUUUUGUAAGGCUACUGCACUAUGUUGGUCUAUAAUGUUGUAACGAGCUUUUGCACUGCUUUUAAGAUACCAGUCUACCAGUCCAAUCAAGAGUAUUAAUAGCUUAGAUGAAAUCAUUAUAAAUGUAGCUACUACAUGUUCAUGACCAUGUAUGGUAAAUAUACUACGUUCAUGACCAUGUAUGGUAAAUAUACUACGUUCAUGACCAUGUAUGGUAAAUAUAGUAUGUUCAUGACCAUGUAUGGUAAAUAUACUACGUUCAUGAACAUGUAUGAUAAAUAUACUACGUUCAUUAUUACCAUGUAUGAUAAAUAUACUACGUUCAUGGCCAUGUAUGAUAAAUAUACUACGUUCAUGAACAUGUAUGAUAAAUAUACUACGUUUAUUAUUACCAUGUAUGGUAAAUAUACUACGUUCAUUAGUACCAUGUAUUAUAAUAUACUACGUUCAUUAUUGCCAUGUAUGGUAAAUAUACUACAUUCAUGACCAUG